AUGGCUUCAGCUGCUUCGUCUACUUCUUUGGAAAAUAGCUGCGAAUUGCUUGACGGUCAAGUUAUUACUGUUGGAAACGAGCGCUUCCGUUGCCCAGAAUCUCUCUUCCAGCCAUCUUUCUUGGGUAUGGAAUCUGCUCCAUCAUCACAAAAAGAAAAGAGGGAAGAUUUUAAGUUUUUUAUUUUAACAACUUUUUGUUAUUUUUUAAAAGAAAUUUAAAUUAAAAAAUCUGGGUCGAUUUUUUUCAUGGGGAUAUGUACUCCACUUGGGUUUGAUGGUUAUAUACCAACUUCUAAGUUGAUUAGGUUAUUGUAAAAUGGGUAAAUGGGGAUUGAAUUGAAGAAAAUUGAAAAAACCGAACCCAUGGAUUUAGUAAUGAACCCUUUAGAUAUUUUAGUUGAAAUCUCUUUCCGUUGUUUUU